AUGCUUCGACAUACACACCAGUACGCUCGGAUCCUCCGCCACGCAUACAAAAUCCUUCAAGACACCGGUGAACCCAGGCUCUUCUUUCGCCUGCACUCAAGCUCGCAACCCGACCCUAGAAGAUACAGUUUACCUACAUCCGAUGAUGUCGCCGCUGUCAUUCCUGGUGGCCAGAGUGCGCCCGCUCAUCACAAGAUCGUUGUUCGCAUGCGCGAUGGUGGCCUAUGGGAUAUCGACGACGGCAACCCAGCAUACCAGGUGCUGCAAUACGUUCUACUGUUCCCAUUUGGCAGUCACGGUUGGGAGUACGAGAUGCGACAACGAGAGCCUGAAAACUCUCGCCGCACCGGUCUGCCUCCCCGAAUCUCUCAGACGCAAUACUACGCUUAUCGCCUACACGCGCGCGCCAACCAGUUCCCCGCACUCCAUCUCGGCGGUCGCCUUCUUCAGGAGUACAUAGUGGACAGUUGGGCUUCCGCCGAUCAGUCUCGCCUGCGCUACAUUCAAACUCACCAGAACGACCUGCGCGCGGAGCUCUCCUCAGGUCUUCGAGAUGCCGUCGCAGAUGAGAACUCGCUCAAAGACGUCGGAAAGCGUGUCGUCUUGCCCUCCUCAUAUCACAGUGGCCCUAGAUAUAGGAUACAACGCUGUCAAGGCUCGCUCGCAGUCGGUCGCCACUACGGCAAAAUCGACAUCUUCCUCACCAUGACCGCGAACCCCGCCUGGCCCGAGAUCCAGAGAGAGUUGCUGCAUGCCAACCUUCAUGCACUGUGCAUGCGUGAUGGUGUAUGCACCAAGGGCUACCCCAAGCAGCACCGUGAUUCGACGACUCUGAGCGAGGACGGGUACCCCAAUUACGCCCGAUCAGAUGACGGUCGCUCCUAUCGUGUUCGCGGAGUUGACGUCGAUAAUAGCAUGAUUGCUCCCUACUGUCCGAUGCUCUCCGCCAGAUACGCCUGCCACAUCAAUGUAGAAGCCGCCUGCUCCUUUCAGCCAAUCAAGUACGUUACGAAGUACCUGCAUAAGGGAGAAGACCGCACGACUCUCGCCCUCAACUACGACGAAGUGCAGUGGCUACUCGACUCGCGCUUUCUGUCGGCUCCUGAGAGUAUCUGGCGUCUAUUCCACUUCGAGCUGUACAACCUGCAUCCAUCCGUCACGCGCUUGCAAGUGCAUCUUUCCGGUGCCCACUUUAUCAACUUCUCGGCAAGCGAGGAUCCCAACAUCGUCGCUGAGCGCGCCGCCAAUGAACGUUUGACUCUCACCGCCUUCUUCGAUGCCAACCGCGAUGAUUGA